UCAAAUGUUCUAUGGGAUAUUGAUAUACUGAAUUUAAUUAGGACUUUGUUUGAGAAAACUUUGGCUUGAGAGUUGAGAAUGGAAUAAGUCUUGACAGGGUGGUGAAACUGAUUCAAGAAAGAGCUGAAAUCAUUUUUGAUUUGUGCUUAGAUUCUUCACUCUCUAUGCUAUGACAAUUACCAAUAUCUUCCAAAUGCGAUUUUUUUUUUCCGCCUAAGUAAGGUAAAUUUGUGUGUGUGUGUGUAUGUAUAUAUAAGUAAGCCCGGUGCACAAGGCUACCUUUCAUUGCGGGAUUCAAUCUUACCUUCAAAUAGAGUGACUAUUUUUUAUUUUAAACUCGUGACCUCUAAAUUACAAUAGAACAACUUUACAGUUGCCCUCACGAGGAUUGUACCCAGGAUAAACAUUGAAAACCCCACCUCCACCAUCAUAUAAAAGACCAAAAGAAACUCAAUAACAAAAACAAGGGUAGAGCUUCUAACGGUAACAACUAUUGGUCCCAUCCAGUACAAAGGACUUUCCCUCUCUGAUGCUUGUAACAGUAACAACUAUCAAAAUAACCGCCUCAGAGAGACUCUCAACUAAAACCACCUUCCUCUUAAGCGUGCCAAACGCGGGCUCUCUCUCUCUCUCUAAACAAUCACUAUCCAUUCUCUCAGAAAUCAUAAUUACAGACUGAAAACGAACAAGAAGUGAAAUGGAUGACGAUGACGAAUCCGAGCUCAAGGCCAUUCAGAGUCUCUUGGCAGCUGAAGCAGACUUCAUGGCCUCUGAGAACUACCACCAGAACCCCACUGCGGUCAGUCGAAGAAAGCAAGCGUUGGACUUCAUACUCAAGCUAGUGAGAAAAACACAUUCUUGAGCCAGAAACUCCUGAUUCUUUGACUUUAUUAUAAUGGUGAUUGUUUCUUGUUCUCUAAAAUUUGAGCAUGGUCUGUGUUAAUUGUUGCAGUAUAGAGAAAACCCAUUUAAUCCCGAUGAUCCCUUCAUCCCACUUCUCGCUCUGACUUACUUCGAUCGCUUCUUCUCAAGGCUACUAAUGGAGGUUAAACAAGAACCAUCUCGUGCGUUUAUUAGUUUCAAUCUUGUGGUAUUGAAAAUUUCUUACACAAUCUUGAUCAUUUUGUGAAUUGCAGGACAUAUCAUUGCGGGUAACAAUGUUAAUUGCAUUCAGCUGUCUUUCACUCGCUUGGAAAAUGAGGACAGUUAGAUUCAACUUGCGUGAAUUGCUGGAUAGCCUCAAUUUCCGCAAUCUUCCGGUGGUGGAAGUAAAGAAGACGGAGCUUCGGAUUUUCUCCACACUGGACUGGCGAAUGCGUUCUACCACGGCCUUUUGCUUCGUUGAUUUCUUCGUUUCUUCGUUAAACAUUGACAAUGACUCUGAACAAGAUCUCAAAAGAAGGGUUAUAAAUAACGUUCUGAAGAAAAUGCACACUGAUAUCGAAUUUACGAAAUUCAGGCCAUCCAUAAUGGCAGCUUCGGCUCUUAUAGCUGAAUCCACAUCAUCUGGACCACGCAUUGACCUCAGACAGGCUUUUGCUCCAUAUGUCAACAUGGAUGAGUUGAACAGAUGCGCUGACGAAUUAGCAAGAAAGAUCAUACUGGGCGUCGUGGUUUCAAUCCGAGAGACUCAUGGCACUCCUGAAUCCAUACCAUCGGAUGAAGAAUGAUGCAGUAGACCCUCCUUCUUCCUAUCCUAUAAAUGAUGAUGAAGAAGCUCGGAGGAGGAGAAGAUGAAAUUAGUAAGUAAAGGUUGACUGGUUCACUGAACAAAUUGAGAAAAAGCCGAGUUAAUGUAGUACUAUAACAUAGUCAAAACAGAGUUAUCAAGUUCAAAGAUCAUACAUGUCAUGUCAGAUGAUUUUGUUCAUUUUGGUUUGGUGAUUAUCUGCACCAAUGUAGUAUAAGAAAGUAGUUUUACAAUUG